CAGGCGGGAGUCGAGCGACCGGCACUCGCGCUGAAUCCAGCUUUCUUUAAACAGAGAUGGGGAAAGGAGGAACUCAGCAUUUCGAGUUCUUCGGGCCACACGGACCCGCCGUGCUGGUGCUGGUGCUGCCUGCGGUCUGCUAUGCGCUCAUCAUCGGGUGCAAUAAGGAGUCCUGCCUAAAGCUCUGGCCGGAGUUCAAGCUGCCGUCGCUUCCACAGACUGUCAGCUUCUAUAGCAAUGAGGCGAUGCUUGUUUACCUUGCAUGGUUUUUCGGUGUGGCGCUACUGCACGUCAUCCUGCCCGGGCAGAAGGCGGAGGGUGUGGUGCUGCCCAACGGCAAGCGCCUCACAUACAAGCUGAACGCCUUCCGCAUCUUCCUGAUCACGUACGGCGCCGCGCUGUACUUUGGAUUCGUCAGCCGCCAGCUGGAUCUGGGCUGGCUGUACGACAACUUCGCGCAGCUGCUCACGGCCGCCAUCAUCUUCAGCAGCGCCCUGUCGGUGUACCUGUACGCCUCCUCCUUCAGGAAGGGCGCGCUGCUGAGCGGGCACGGCGCCACGGGCUACCCCGCCUACGACUUCUGGAUGGGCCGCGAGUUGAACCCGCGGCUGCUGGGCGGCGCCUUCGACCUCAAGGAGUUCUGCGAGCUGUACCCGGGCAUGAUGGGCUGGGCUCUGAUCAACCUGGGCAUGGCUCACAAGCAGUGGGCGGCCACCGGCUCGCUCACCACCUCCAUGCUGCUGGUCAACGUGUUCCAGCUCUACUACGUGGUGGAUGCACUGUGGUGCGAGAAGGCCAUCCUGACCACCAUGGACAUCACCACGGACGGCUUCGGCUUCAUGCUGGCAUUCGGCGACCUGGCCUGGGUGCCCUUCACAUUCACCUCCUGCGCGCGCUAUCUGGUGGACUACCCGCAGCACCUGUCUGUGGCGGCCACGUGUCUGGUGCUGGCGGUGAAGCUGCUGGGCUAUGCCGUGUUCCGCGGCGCCAACAGCCAGAAGGACAUGUUCCGGGCCAACCCCAGCGACCCGCGCGUGGCGCACCUCAGGACGCUCAAGACGGAGCGCGGCACGCAGCUCAUCAUCAGCGGCUGGUGGGGCACCGCGCGGCACAUCAACUACUUUGGCGACUGGAUCAUGGGUGUGGCCUGGUGCAUGCCUGCGGGCCUGCAGGGGCUGGCCUCCGUGGUGCCCUACUUCUACUGCAUCUACUUCGCCUCGCUGCUCAUCCACCGCGAGCGCCGCGACGAGCACGCAUGCCGCCUCAAGUACGGCAAGGACUGGGACAAGUACUGCGCGCUGGUGCGGUACCGCAUCGUGCCGUACCUGUACUAGGCUGCAGGCCGCACGGCCAGGAGCAGCCUAGUGUGGGGGAGCACGAGGAAGAGGGGGGGGGGUGAGAGAUUGUGCGCGCUGAGUGAGCGGCGUAUGGCUAGGCAUGGGGUCGGGUACGUGUCGGCAUGCGCGUGGAGAGGUGGGGAUAGGACAAGUUCUUGAAAGGGGGCAUAGGCAUGAGAGAACCGUGUGAACUGUGGGGCACGCGUGUGGGCACGCUGGCUUUCCACUUUUGCAAAAAGUGCAAGGCCUCGGUGUUGGAGAGUGGUAAUGGAGGUUGGUGACGUGAUUCAAGGCGCUAGAAGGUAACGGAUCAAGAGACCAUUCGGACUGAACAUGGCAAGAUUCUGCAAUGAACUGAAGACGCCUACAUGGGGACCGUUGGGGACCCAUGCGGCGUAUAUGGGGCAGCCGCGCCAGCUCUGCCGGAAACAGUGAUUAAAUGGCUGUAACAUUUAAGAAGC